AUGGGCGGUGCUAUCGAUGUAGUAAUCAAUGCUAACCCGUUUGCCGAGUUCAACCUAUUUGCGGAUCCCGAGGCAGCCGCGAUUAUAUAUGUGCUCACCGACCCUCAGUCCAGCACAACCUUUCCAACUACCCCGCACCACUUCCGCGAAGAGGAAUGGGAGAAGAGGCCUGCCAGGGCGCUGAACUUGCGGAUUGGGUGCGCAAAGUCUGCACAAGUAGCUUUCGUCCUUUGCGGGAAACUCGACAGUGGAAACGGUGCUAUCAAAGGCAUUGGUUCUCCGUGA